AGGACCUGGCUCCUGUGAUGGGAGGGGGGAGAGAAACCUCUGCGGCGUCCAGGGGGCGUGUCUGGGCAGGGGCGGGGCUGGCCUGGGACCUGGAGGAGGAAGAAGGGGCAGGUGCAGCCGGGAGCUGCGGAGCUGGAGGGAGGAGGACGAGAGCCGCCAGGCCCUCAGAGGCUGUGACCCUCCCCAGCCUCCUUCGCCAGCCCGGGGUGGGGGCCGAUUGACUGUUUCCAGGCCCCGCCUCGGGUAGGGGGGCUGGAGAGCCCCCAGGUGGACCAUGGCGGUGAGAUUCCAGGUGGCCGAUAUGGAGGAGCUGACCAUCUGGGAACAGCACACGGCCACGUUGUCCAAGGACCCUCGCCGGGGCUUUGGCAUUGCGAUCUCUGGAAGCCGAGACCGGCCCGGUGGAUCCGUGGUUGUGUCUGACGUGGUACCCGGAGGGCCGGCGGAGGGCAGGCUACAGACAGGUGACCACAUCGUUAUGGUGAACGGGGUCUCCAUGGAAAAUGCCACCUCCACGUUUGUCAUUCAGACACUCAAGACCUGCGCCAAGAUGGCCAACAUUACAGUGAAACGUCCCCGGAGGAUCCAGCUGCCCACCACCACCAAGGCCAGCCCCUCCGGCCCAGGGCAUCGGGACUCGGACGAGGACGAUGGGCCACACCGGGUGGAGGACGUGGACCAGGGCCAGGGCUAUGAUGGUGACUCAUCCAGUGGCUCCGGCCGCUCCUGGGACGAGCGCUCCCGCCGGCAGAGGCCUGGUCGCCGGGGCCGGGCCAGCAGCCAUGGGCGUAGGAGCCCGGGUGGUGACUCUGAGGCCAACGGGUUGGCCCUGGUGUCUGGCUUUAAGCGGCUGCCGCAGCAGGAUGUGCAGAUGAAGCCCGUGAAGUCGGUUCUGGUAAAGAGGAGAGACGGCGAAGAGUUCGGUGUCAAGCUGGGCAGUCAGAUCUUCAUCAAGCACAUUACAGAUUCGGGCCUGGCUGCCCGGCACCGUGGGCUGCAUGAAGGAGAUCUCAUUCUACAGAUCAACGGGGUGUCCAGCCAGAACCUGUCACUGAGUGACACCCGGCGACUGAUCGAGAAGUCGGAAGGGAAGCUAAGCCUGCUGGUGCUGAGAGAUCGCGGGCAGUUCCUGGUGAACAUUCCGCCUGCCGUCAGUGACAGCGACAGCUCGCCGUUGGAGGACAUCUCGGACCUCACCUCGGAGCUAUCGCAGGCGCCACCAUCCCACAUCCCGCCACCACCCCGGCAUGCUCAGCGGAGCCCCGAGGCCAGCCAGACCGACUCUCCCGUGGAGAGCCCCCGGCUUCGGCGGGAAAGUUCAGUCGAUUCCAGAACCAUCUCAGAACCAGAGUUGCCCAGGGAAAGCAGCUAUGACAUCUACAGAGUGCCCAGCAGCCAGAGCAUGGAGGAUCGCGGGUACAGCCCCGACACGCGGGUGGUCCGCUUCCUCAAGGGCAAGAGCAUCGGGCUGCGGCUGGCCGGGGGCAAUGACGUGGGCAUCUUCGUGUCUGGGGUGCAGGCGGGCAGCCCGGCUGAUGGACAGGGCAUCCAGGAGGGAGAUCAGAUCUUGCAGGUGAAUGACGUGCCAUUCCAGAACCUGACACGGGAGGAGGCGGUGCAGUUCCUGCUGGGGCUGCCACCGGGCGAGGAGAUGGAGCUGGUGACGCAGCGGAAGCAGGACAUUUUCUGGAAAAUGGUGCAGUCCCGCGUGGGCGACUCCUUCUACAUCCGCACUCACUUUGAGCUGGAGCCCAGCCCACCAUCCGGCCUGGGCUUCACCCGUGGCGAUGUCUUCCACGUGCUGGACACGCUGUACCCGGGCCCCGAGCAGAGCCACGUGCGAGGAGGCCACUGGCUGGCGGUGCGCAUGGGUCGUGACCUGCGGGAGCAAGAGCGGGGCAUCAUUCCCAACCAGAGCAGGGCGGAGCAGCUGGCCAGCCUGGAAGCUGCCCAGAGGGCCGUGGGAAUCGGGCCUGGCUCCUCCGCAGGCUCCAAUGCUCGGGCCGAGUUCUGGCGGCUGCGGGGUCUUCGUCGAGGAGCCAAGAAGACCACCCAGCGAAGCCGCGAGGACCUCUCAGCUCUGACCCGACAGGGCCACUACCCGCCCUAUGAACGAGUGGUGCUUCGAGAAGCCAGUUUCAAGCGGCCGGUGGUGAUCCUGGGACCUGUGGCCGACAUUGCUAUGCAGAAGUUGACUGCUGAGAUGCCUGACCAGUUUGAAAUCGCGGAGACUGUGUCCAGGACGGACAGCCCCUCCAAGAUCAUCAAACUGGAGACUGUGCGGCUGAUUGCAGAAAAAGACAAGCACGCGCUCCUGGAUGUGACCCCCUCCGCCAUCGAGCGCCUCAACUAUGUGCAGUACUACCCCAUCGUGGUCUUCUUCAUGCCCGAGAGCCGGCCGGCCCUCAAGGCGCUGCGCCAGUGGCUGGCGCCUGCCUCCCGCCGCAGCACCCGCCGCCUCUACGCACAAGCCCAGAAGCUGCGGAAACACAGCAGCCACCUCUUCACAGCCACCAUCCCUCUGAAUGGCACGAGUGACACCUGGUACCAGGAGCUCAAGGCCGUCAUUCGAGAGCAGCAGACGCGGCCCAUCUGGACAGCGGAAGAUCAGCUGGAAGGCUCCUUGGAGGACAACCUAGACCUCCCCCACCGCGGCCUGGCCGACAGCUCCGCUGACCUCAGCUGCGACAGCCGUGUUAACAGCGACUACGAGACUGACGACGGCGAGGGCCUACACGGACAGCAAUUGGGCAGCAUGGCCCCGGCCAACGUGGGGGAUGGGAUGGAGGUGGUUAUUGAUCUCGACUUACCAUGCUCUGGGGGGAAUUUUGAAGCUCCUCUCUCCCUCUCCUCCAAGGUGGACAGCAGCCAUCCCCAGGGUCAGUGGCGACAGGACAGUGUGCGAACCUAUGAACGGGAAGCCCUGAAGAAAAAGUUUACACGAGUCCGCGAUGCGGAGUCCUCUGAUGAAGAAGGCUACGACUGGGGUCCGGCCACUGACCUGUGACCUCUCCCAGGCUGCCAGCCGGUCCGUCCUCCUUCUCCCUCCCUGGGACUGGGACUCAGUUUCCCAUACAGAACCCGCAACCCCGCCUCCCUCUGCCUGGUCUUUAAUAAACAGAGUAUUUUCACAGCA